AGGAGGGGAAAUGAUCCAGUUUGUUAGGAUUUAUUUCCUUAUUUUUCUCUGUACUGUAUUUGUUCACGUUUGUACUGCAAGGCUCUAUAAAGGCCUGCAUAAUAUCUGAUAAUAACAAGUAUUAUUGAAGCAGAAGCAUUAGAGACUAUGGAAGGGAAGAAAAGAGUGUGCGUAACAGGUGCAGGUGGGUAUUUGGGAUCAUGGCUAGUCAAAGAUUUGCUACUCAAAGGUUACGUUGUUCAUGGAACUGUUCGAGAUCCCUGUGACGAGAAAAAGAAUGGGCAUCUGAAGAAACUGGAAAAUGCUUCUGAGAAUUUGCAUAUUUUUAAGGCUGAUCUGCUAGACUAUGAAGGUUUGUAUAGUGCAGUCAAGGGAUGCUCUGGGGUUUUCCAUGUCGCCUGCCCUGUUCCUGGAACUCUUAAAUUGCAUAACCCUGAGGUAGAGAUGCUUGAGCCUGCCAUAGCAGGCACCUUAAACAUAUUGAGGGCGUGCACAAAUGCUGAAGUAAAAAAGGUUGUACUUGUUUCAUCAGCUGCGGCUGUCACGUGUAACCCUAAAUGGCCCAAGGAUCUGGCAAUGGAUGAAAGCUGUUGGUCUGAUAUUGAAUUUUGUCGAAUGAUUGAGUACUGGUAUGGCGUGGGAAAGACUACCGCAGAAUGUAAGGCUUGGGAUUAUGCCAAGAAUACUGGACUUAACUUGGUAACCGUUUGUCCAUCUAUUGUCAUUGGACCGAUGCUACAAUCAACACUGAAUGCUAGUAGCUCAUUUCUCCUCGAAUUCAUGAAAGACACAAAGGGAACCGUGGAGAACAGGAGACUUCCUUAUGUUUAUGUCCAAGACACAUUGAACGCAAUGAUUUUAGCGUAUGAAAAGCCUGAAGCAGAGGGAAGAUAUAUAUGUUCUGCAUUUACUCUAUCUGCUAAAGAAAUGGUGGAAAAGCUAAAGAGCAUGUAUCCAGACUACGUGUAUCCAACAAGUUUCAGUGAAGUAGAGGAACUCAAUUCUGGGAAAUUGAAUUGCAAGAAAUUGGAGAGUCUUGGACUACGCUUUACCCCUCUUGAGGAGAGUCUGACUAGCGCUGUCAAGAAUUUGGAAGUUACUGGUCUACUAGUACCAGUUAAUAAGCAUCAUGAUUAAGCUGAUUGAAAGUCAUGUAUUCUAAGAUUUUGAAACCUGUCUAUGUUAUUGUCUUGAUUUAGCUGAAUGAAAGUCAUCUGUCGUGAAAUUAUGGAA